GGUUUUAGGGUUUGGGUUGGCCGCGCGUGUCGAGUACAUAGUGCGUCUAAGCGUCGACAGAGAGUGUGCGCGAUGCGAGUGUCUAGAAUGCGAGGGGAUUUCUAGUGCCGAUGUGUGAGAGCAAUGGAAUGAGCGUGAAAACAUUCAACAGAAUAGAGAAGAAAAGAGAGCCACUUAUCCACAUCUCCGACGUGGGUUCCUUAGCAACACAAACGUUCGGAACAGAUGGAUCGGGAGAGGUCUCGGACCGCUCGGUAGGCAUCUCCGUACCGGAAUAGGGUUGUUUCGUUUUCUAGCCUUUUGAUGCUGCCUGGAUCAAGGGACUUUGUGCUCAGUUCGAGAUUGACCUGCGACGGUGGUUGACGCACCAUGAGGUUCGGAACCGUUCGGCAUCGGGGAUGGUUGAAAAGUUGCUUUGUGAAUUAGACGUGAGAAAUUAAAGUUAGCUCGUGGUGUGUAAAACCCAAGUUUAUCGUUAGGAAAGUGAACAAAAACCUGAAUCGGAAACAGAAAAACUGAGUUUUAUAGAAAGAGUGCAAUUUAUGAGUGAUCUAUUCUACAAAGUUGAACAAAGAAUGCAACAAUAGAAGUACGUGUGAUCUUGCAUUUGGUAUGACAAAAAGUGAGAAUAAAAAUUAUAAGAAUACUUUUGUGAAGGACUCUUGGAAGGACGAUUUAACGGAAAAAGUUUCUCAAAAAGUGCACAGAGUGAGAAUUGAGGUUUUCUGAAAUGAAGACGGAGUUUAAAAGUUGUGGAAGCUGUACCGAACCGAUCACCGAUCGAUACAUCUUCGAGGUGAAUGGCAGUGCUUGGCACGGGUCCUGUUUGCGUUGCAGCGUGUGCUUUUGUCCACUCGAGCGUCAGGUCUCGUGCUAUCUACGGGACGGUGACAUGUACUGUAAGGCAGAUUACAUCAAGAAGUUUAAGACGAGCUGUGCCAAGUGUUCGCGCUCUAUAUCGGCCACCGACUGGGUACGGCGGGCCCGGGAGUAUGUGUUUCAUUUGGCGUGCUUCGCUUGCGAUUCCUGUGGACGGCAACUGUCAACGGGUGAACAGUUCGCCAUCUGUGAGGAACGGGUCCUGUGCAAAACGCACUACAUGGAGCUGAUCGAUGACGGUACGGCGUCGAGUGAGGACGGCUGUGAAGCGGAUGGCAAUGGGAAGAACAAAACCAAACGCAUCCGGACCACGUUUACGGAGGAGCAGAUACAGAUUUUGCAGGCAAACUUCCAGGUGGACAGCAAUCCGGAUGGUCAGGAUUUGGAAAGAAUUGCUCUCGCUACUGGGUUGAGCAAGCGAGUUACACAAGUUUGGUUCCAGAAUUCACGCGCCCGCCAGAAGAAGCAUGUACAUGUCCCACGAGCUCAGGACCUCUUUAGUGGUAUGCGAUCGGAUCUCAACAACAACAAUAACAGCUGUAGCAGCAGCAACAGCAACGAUGGCCCACCGGCACUCCAAUACGGUGGCAUUGGACCGGAAGAUUGUGUUCUGGGCAAGACGCCCAUCUUUAACUCGCACGGUUUCAUCAAUCUCGUGGUGUGACGGGACCAGCAGCGGGCAUACCAUCGAUGGAUGGAUGUUUGCGAUCAACAGUGCCAUUGACUAACGGUUGCGGAUCGAAUCCGGAUAUGGAGCCGUACUCCGUUGGUUGUUUGUUCCCUCACGGUGCAUAGGAACUCAUAUGGAACUCCACGCUCGGUAUUGGCAAGCGAAUGGCCUAGAGUUUGGUUAAGUUUCGCACCGUCCCGUACCGUCUGGGACGCUCUUGUGAUACAGUACAAUGGCUUAGAAUUGCUACGAUGAGGGUAAUUUCUUGAACGCUACGCUUGUGCUUCUGUUACAUUCAACAAAGCUUGUCCUACUGUUGGUGUUUGCCAACGAGCUUUAGUAUGUGUAACGUACAGAAGAUCAACUUCCUGUGCGGUUUAAUAUACAGCAUUGAAGAGCGAACGUGAAGUAUUCCGUUUUGUGUUUUACAUUUACAGAUCCGAAAUAGUUAUUCUUAUAAUUUGAUGCAAGUUCUGGAAAAUACAGUAAAUGUGGACGAAUGUAAGCGUUUUCUGGUAGUUCUUUAAUGUCUGAGCAAUUUGCGGCAGAGCACAUUGUUGUGGCACAGCAUCAAUUGUGGUCUUAUGGUGGUGUCGUGAGGAAAAGCACAUAAUAGACAACCCAGAGUUGAUCCCAGCAGAUAUGUACUUUAGUUAGAGAAGCAAAUUAACAUGAUUUUUGUGCGCUUCAGUUAUCGGAUAAAACUUCACUUUUCAUUUCCCAUCAUGAAGCAGUACUCGAAACCUGUCUUGUUGGGCAUUAAUGUUCUAAAAAUUAGGCUUUAUAGGUUGGAUGAGAAAUGCUUCAUUGAAC